AUGUCCAUCAACCACCCAAACCAACUGGUCGAGGAGUUCAAGAAGUCCGGAGAGUUUGACCGUCUGAGAAAACUGCUAUUGCAGGAAUUCAUGGACAGUGAGGGGAAAGCGGCCCUGCACGCACGGGUGGACGAUAUUGCAAAGCAAAAGCUAGGAACUGAUCCAAAGCUGCAAUAUAUGCCCGAAGCGGGUGUCUCGCGGGAGAUCAUGCAGGAACUCGAGCGAUUUCCGGUGGUGGAACGUGCCGUUGCACAGGUCACAAAGCUAUCGGACCCAGCAUUCGCCGCCGGGAUGAAAGAAGCUAUAAGGAAGAUACUACAGGACGACCGUAUAGCGGCUGGACAACCCCUGGACGACGCUCUUGUUGCUCGUGGUCCUAAGCGAAAGACUGCUGCCGCUCAACCCCAACAGGCGAACGGUAACGACAGCGACAGUGACAGCAGUGCGUCCAGCAUGGAUAUCGACGACGAAUCCGACAGCGAGUAA